AUGGGCAUCUUGAAAUACGUUCUGAAGUCUCCAGCAGCUGUAAGAAUCGGUUCACUCGCCCUGCAAUUAUCUUCUCAGAUUGAAAAAGCUUGUCAACGUGAUUCAUUUUCACGUUUCCUAUUAUCUACUCACAGAGCAUUAAUAGCCAACCUACUUUUAUGUCGUCACUCAGGGACACUGAUUGCCCGUCGUUUACGAGACAAAUAUUCCAGUCUACAUUCUACCUUAAAAACCGAUUCUCGGUUAUUCGUGACUCAAAAAGUUCUGCUUGGUGGAUCACUUAUUUCAUUUGCCCAGGAUAAAAUCACGGAUGAAGAAGUCUUAGUCACCUUGAAAAGCUUUUCAACGAAAGUUGAUUCAAAUAAUCUUGAAAACACCAACUCGUUUGAUACAGAAAAUGAUGCUAGCAAGGAAAAUCAGCCUCCAUUUACUACUCAAGAUCCUACUCAAAACCAACCUUGUGAAUCAUGGGAUCCUCCUUUGACUUUAAUGAUAAGGCAAUUACUCCAGAAUUAUGCCGAGCGAAAAUCAGUUUUUUUACAUCCUGCUUUAGAAUCACUUACAACCGAGGAUUCUAGCUCACAUCUCCUUGACCCUAAUCCUCAAAUAAACGAGAUCCCUAGUGUGAAUAGUUUUAAUACCUCCCUUUCAUCAUUCUUUAUGAACUUGGACAUUCAACCAGAUGGUACAGGUUUCGUUGAUGAUUCAUGGGAAUUGGUGUUUGAUCGGCCAAAUAUGCAUGUUUGGCGAAAACCAGCGAAAGUACUUCUUGACGACAACGAAAAUAAUUCUCCAAAGUCAAGCAAUAAAUACGAAUAUCGUAUUUGUGGACAAUUCCAUGAUAUAUCAGCCUCAUCAUUUUUGGAAGUACAACUUAAUCUUGAUUAUCGACGACAUUGGGAUGAUAAAAUUGUAGAAUUGGAUUAUAUUACACCAAGUGAUGUUGAUAGCAAGGAUUUUUCUAUCAUUCGUUGGGUUGUUCGCUUUCCAUUCCCGUUGGUUAAUCGUGAGUAUAUUUACAUGCGUCGUUGGUGGAUUCAACCCGGUGAAUGUCAUUUAAGUAUUCAAAAACCUCCAGAAUUAUCCGGUGAACACAAAGACAAGUCUGCAGCACCAGUCGUUUUAUGCCAAAGUAGUACAACUGAGGAGGCUCCAUCGUUUGGUCGUUACGCUUAUGUUAUUUCACGCUGCCCCUCAGAUUUUCAAAAUAGGUGCAUUCAAUCUUCAGGUAUCUCUCCAGUGGAGUCUUCGAAAAAGUCAAGUUUAUGGGCGAAUGCGAAAAGACGUGAUCUUGUACAGGUUCAUGAAUACCAUUCUGAGAUGUUAAUUGAAUCACAUGGGAAAUUCAAUCAGGUAAGUGCCAUUCCGUUCUGUUUUGGAUAUAGAAUACUCAAUAAUACCCAUAUGAAUUUCUCCAGCCGCUAUGAAUAUCUCAUAUUCGCCUCCGAAAACUGACUAUUGGAGGUUGAAAUUAUGGGAUACAUGGAUAUUUCUACCUGACAAAAUGAGUGAUAAAACUUAAUGUCACUUCAUGCAAAAAUAUCACGAUCACUGGAUUAAAUUACUAUUUGAUUUACUAUGAUGAUCCAUGCCUUCCAGUUAAUGGUUCUCCGAUGAAAUUCCUCUCUGUUAAAGCUAUGGAGGAAUUUAUGCUACAACUUCAUAAAGCUGCAUUAAGACUACAUCAAAAUGGUCUGCCACCUGGUAUCCAGCCUAUAGUAUACUUUACGGAUGACAUAAAAAGCAAUCAGAAAUCUGCUGUGACUCCUGAGCUGAAAACAUCCCCACCUCCAAAAAACAAACCAUCUGGCAAUAAAAAGUCAAAAUCAUAUUUCUUCACCGACCGCCCUCCAUCGGAACCAAGUUACCUUGAUUCACCUGCAGCUGCCUUGUAUUGAUUGCUGAAAGUAAUAAUAUUAAUAAGCCUUUCUGUUUUUGUUUUCAUAUCUUCUCUAGCUAUACACAUGGUUUGCAUUUAUGCUAUGCAGUGCUUUUUGUCUAGUGAUGAUGAUAAUGAUGAUGACAGUGACUUUUAUUUCUCGCCUUCAAACUUACACAUAAAACCGGUCCUCUAUGUUCUCUUUAUAUUCUUCUUUUUCAAUAAUUUUUUCACUUGUAUUUAAAACAGUGAGAAAGGCAAAUGAUUUGUUUUGUUUGUUUUCUUGAAUUGGAUAACAGUAGUUUACUAUUUUUUUUCCCUAAAUUUAGACUUAUUACUUAAUUACUUAAUACUGGAGCUUUUUGUACACAUAUUUAGAUGGAUAAAGACGAGUGUUUGAAAAAAAUGCAGACACAUCUGAAUGAAGACGUGAGCUCUGAACCAGAAAAGCCACAAUUUGAGAUUAUUUUUGUUUCUCUUUACUUCAAAAUAAACUACUCACAAAUGUAAUUACACAAAUAUGUACAGUGUGGAUAAAAAUAUAGUGAUUUAG